AUGUCCUCGUCGUCGCGAGCCCUCGCACAGCUUGCGGUGCCCCGUCCGGGUGCCGCUUUGCUCCAGUCCUCCUCCCAGGUCCCCAGAUUAUUCAUCCAGUCAUCACGCAAGACUGUGGCCGCCAGACCUGCCUUUGGUAGCUUACAAGGACCUGUCUCGAGGCAGUUCAGGCGCGGGUAUGCCGACCAGGCCGCUCCUGCCCCUCAGCCCCCCAAGAAGCGCCGAUUCCGGACGCUGAGGUGGGCGUGGAGGUUGGGAUACCUCUCUGCCAUCGCCGGUGUCGCCUACAUCGGCUACGGCAUCUACGAGGACAGACACCCAGAACCCCAGACCGAACCAGACCCGACCAAGAAGACGCUUGUCAUUCUCGGCACGGGCUGGGGCUCUGUCUCCCUCCUGAAGCGUCUCGACACCGAAAACUACAAUGUCAUCGUCAUCUCGCCGCGCAACUACUUCCUCUUCACCCCCCUUCUCCCAUCAUGCACGACCGGCACCAUCGAGCACCGCUCCAUCAUGGAGCCCAUCCGCACAAUUCUGCGCUCCAAGAAGGCGAGCGUAAGAUUCUACGAGGCCGAAGCUAGUUCCAUCGACCCCGACCGCAAGGUGGUGCGCAUCUUUGACAACUCAGAAGUCAAGGGUGACAUGACCGAGACCGAGGUCCCCUACGACAUGCUGGUGGUUGGUGUUGGUGCCGAGAACGCGACCUUUGGCAUCCCUGGCGUCCGCGAGCACUCAUGCUUCCUGAAGGAGAUUGGUGACGCUCAAAGAAUCCGCAAAAGGAUCAUGGACUGCGUCGAGACGGCUGCCUUCAAGGACCAGUCGCCCGAGGAGAUUGACCGUCUCAUGCACAUGGUGGUGGUUGGCGGUGGCCCGACUGGUGUCGAGUUCGCCGGCGAGCUGCAGGACUUCUUCGAGGAGGACAUCAAGAAGCUGGUUCCCGAGAUCAGCGAUCGCUUCCGCGUGACGCUGAUCGAGGCUCUCCCCAACGUCCUCCCUAGCUUCUCCAAGCAGCUCAUCGAGUACACCGAGAGCACCUUCAAGGAGGAAAAGAUCAACAUUCACACCAAGACCAUGGUCAAGAAGGUCACAGACAAGACGGUUGAGGCUGUGGCUACUCGCCCUGACGGCACCAAGGAGACGAUUGUAUUCCCCUACGGUCUUCUCGUCUGGGCUACCGGCAACGCCGUUCGUCCCGUCGUCCAGGAUCUCAUGCAGCGUAUCCCUGCGCAAAAGAACUCACGCCGCGGCCUCGCUGUAAACGAGUAUCUUGUUGUGCAAGGUGCCCGCGACAUCUGGGCUGUCGGUGACUGCGCCGUUGCCGGCUACGCCCCCACCGCCCAGGUUGCCAGUCAAGAGGGCAACUUCCUCGCGCGCCUGUUCAACAACAUGGCCAGGACUGAGGCUCUCGAGAACAAGAUUGCUGAGCUCAGCGGUUCUCUCAACCUCCAGCCCGGCAACACGGCCGAGAUCUCGCGUGAGAUUGAGGAGUAUGAGCGUCAGCUCCGCCGCAUCAAGGACGUGAAGCCCUUCCACUACAGUCACCAGGGUUCCCUCGCUUAUAUUGGCAGCGAGAAGGCUGUCGCUGACGUCACAUGGUUCAACGGCAACGUUGCCGCCGCCGGUGGUUUGACCUACCUCUUUUGGAGAAGCGCCUACAUCAGCAUGUGCUUCAGCACCAGGAAUCGUCUGCUGGUCAUCAACGACUGGCUCAAGUCCAAGCUCUUCGGUCGCGAUCUUUCUCGCGAGUAG